GCCGAAAAAAAAAAAAACAGUUCCCUUUACAGCUAUUAGCUUGAUGUUGUUUGGGUAGCACGGCUAUUUUGUUUUUACUACAAGUGGAGAUUCGUUAUUAAAAUGAAGAAAUCUCACUGUUAGGUUGUCUCCGGAGCAGAAAUGGCUACCGAACAGCGGCCUAACUGGGCGGAUAUUCUUAAAAGGAGGUUAGCAAACUCCAAAGGAGACGAGAAGAGCGAAGAGGAAAAGAAAUCAGAAGAAACGGAGCUUUUCUCCAAAUAUUACACCGAGUGGAAAGGAGGAAGCGACAGCGGCAACUCCUACAAGACCAUCCCACGGUUCUACUACAGGCUGCCAGCAGAAGAUGAAGUAUUGCUUCAGAAACUAAGAGAGGAAUCCAGAGCUGUCUUUCUCCAGAGGAAGAGCAGAGAGCUGCUUGAUAAUGAGGAACUGCAGAAUUUGUGGUUUCUGCUCGAUAAGCACCAGGUCCCUCCACUGACUGGAGAAGAGGCCAUGAUUAACUAUGAAGCCUACCUGCAGGUGGGGGAAAAGGCUGGGAGCAAGUGCAAAAAAUUCUUCACAGCCAGAGUUUACGCCAAGCUGCUGCACAGUGACCCUUACGGUCGGAUCUCCAUCAUGCAGUUCUUCAACUACGUCAUGAGGAAAGUGUGGCUGCAUCAGACCCGGAUAGGCCUGAGUCUGUACGAUGUGGCUGGACAGGGCUACCUCAGAGAGUCGGAUCUAGAAAACUACAUCCUGGAGCUGAUCCCCACUCUGCCUCAGCUGGACGGCUUGGAGAAGUCCUUCUACUCUUUCUACGUCUGCACCGCUGUCCGCAAGUUCUUCUUCUUCCUCGACCCACUCCGAACAGGAAAGAUCAAAAUCCAAGACAUCCUGGCCUGCAGUUUUCUGGAUGACUUGUUGGAGUUGAGAGAUGAGGAGUUGUCUAAGGAGAGUCAGGAGUCCAACUGGUUCUCAGCCCCGUCGGCUCUCCGAGUCUAUGGCCAGUACCUGAACCUGGAUAAGGACCACAACGGCAUGUUGAGCAAAGAGGAGCUUUCACGUUACGGCACGGCCACACUCACCUCUGUGUUUUUGGAUAGAGUCUUUCAGGAGUGUCUUACCUACGAGGGUGAAAUGGACUAUAAGACCUAUUUAGACUUUGUUUUGGCUCUGGAGAACAGGAAGGAGCCAGCAGCUUUACAGUACAUCUUUAAACUUUUGGACAUGGAGAAUCAAGGACACCUCAACGUCUUCUCCCUGAACUACUUCUUUAGGGCCAUUCAGGAACAGAUCAAGCUGCACGGACAGGAGCCGGUCUCCUUCCAGGAUGUAAAGGAUGAGAUCUUUGACAUGGUGAAGCCUAAAGACCCCUACAAGAUCACACUGCAGGACCUGGUAAACAGCUGUCAGGGCGACACAGUGGUCAGCAUCCUGAUUGACCUCAAUGGCUUCUGGACCUAUGAGAACAGAGAAGUGCUGGUGGCCAACGACAGUGAUAGCGGCAGCAGCGGGGUUGGCGGGAGCAGCAUGGCUGACUUUGACGAUACAUGAAGAUGUUUCGGGGUUGAAACAUAAAGAGAAUUUCAUGUUUUACUCCCAAAAACAGCAGCAGGACGAUGACCCUUCUUACUCGCACACAUAUGAAGGCUUCGAAGGCUGGAAGACUCUUAAGGAAAAAAGGAGGAAAGUGUAAAUGCUGAUCUUUGUGUAAAUGCUGAUCUUUGUUCCUACCUGUGAAAGCUAGGUGGGUUUACUACGAAGGUAAUUCGAUAUAGCUUUCUUCAUCUGGUCCUGUGAGGAAGCUGCUGUUUCUUUUUCCUCACAAAAUUUAAAAUGUUCAGUCAAAACAUAAAAUGCUCCUUUAAAGGACAGUUUUAAUUUCUACUUUAGUUCUAAAGAAAAUCAUAAUUUAAUGUUUUUGUAAAUAUUUGUAAAAUUAAACAUUAAAUGAUAAAUGGACCCCU